CACACUCAUCCCUCCUCCAACCAUCUGUCCUCCCAUCCACCCGCUCCAAUGGCCCUCCCUCAUCGUCGGAGAGAACGCGCGGCUAAUCUGACCAAGCAACUCGGUGCUCUUACACCGUCGUUGGAGGUCGAGCCUGCAUUGCCGGCCCCCAACGCCCGUGUACCUCGAUCCACGUUCCCCCAUGCACAUCGCUCCCCACGCUCGCCUCGUCGGUUCUACAACACCCGAGCUGCUGUCCAUCGCACCCAGUCGCAGAACUUACCCCCACAACCGAUCCCCAAUCCCACCCGCACCGGUCUCACCCAAUACCAACAACCCAAUCCACCUACCUCUUCUCCCUUCAAGCGCUCGAUGAGUCCGAUCAACCAGUUCGAAGACGGCUUUGACGUCGAAUCACCUAUUGCUUCCAAGUCUCACGGGCGUGUCUCUUUCGUCCCCCAAAGGCUAAGAUCUGUUAGCUCUGCUCGGGCCAACCUUUUCGGUGCCAUGCCCGGUAAGAGUGGUGGCCUCGAACCCUCAUCGCGUUCAACAUCAGUCUUCAGUGGAUGCACACCUCCCAAUCUCCAAACAAAUCACCCACUCUCACAGUGGUUCCACGACCCUACACCCCUUAACAGUUUACCUCGUUCAAGGCAGCGUACAGUCAGUGCAACCACGCAAGAGCACUCAAGCCUACUAUAUGCCAAGCACCUCUCAACUCUGAUUGAAGAUAGAUGCGACUCUGAUCCUGAAAUCGGCAAGUCUGGCCCUGGUUGCCCCCUCUCGAGUCCCUCUCAAAGCCCACCGCUCGAUUCAACUGAUCAGAAUGGCUCUGGAAGUCGUUCGUCUCAGAAGACCGACUUCCAGGACUCCCGUCACCAUCAAUCCGACAGAUGGGUCAUGCCGCGCAUAGAGGGACUCGACAUGACUCCUCGACGUCGCAGUAUGGAUGGGUCGUUGGAUGAUAGUGAUGCAGACGAAAAGGGAGAUUUGGCUCUUUCCAGCAAACCUUCGAGCCGAACUAGCAUCGCAUCCAGUCUUACCACCCAUGAAUCAGAUAACCCCAUCUGUGGUGCUUUUGAUUGUUCCCUCAAACCUUUCAACUCGACAUUCGACGGUUUCGGUGCUCUGCCUCCCCCUGAAUCCCCAUUUCCCGGACCCCAUCGUAUCAAGCGUGGCGGUAAUCUUCCUGUGAGUCCAAACAAACUGAAGCGCGAUGUCGAUGGCGAGCUAGUUGGUUCUACAUCGCAACCUGCGCUCUAUCGUCAUCGCCCAAGCGGCCCAGUACCCCCCUCGUCAUUUCCUACCCUCCGCAUGAAGAAUGAUCCCUUUGAGUCCGUGCACCCUCACCGACACUCAUGGGGUCGCCAGUCCAACAACCCUAGCGAAGAUGAUGAAGAUGAGAUCGGUCCACCAGUUCACCACGAACGCGACGCGGUCAAUGGUUCACAUGAAUCACAUGAGGGCAUGAGUAACCUCAGUGUUCCAGGCUUGACAGAUUCCAGCUCACUCGCUUCUAGUCUCGCCUCCUCAAACCAAAGUAACAAUUCCCACAGCAUUCGCCCACCGGUUGACGGCCCAGCCCUCAUCUCGAGUUGGCACAAAUCACCUGCUGAAGCUGGUCGAGAGGCCAAACGGCGAAGCCUUCCGACCGAUGUCAGUCGGGCCUCCGCUCACAGCUUCACACCCGCCCCGCCGAUGCCAAUCGGUCUCAUUUCUACACCUAUUUCGGCUAAACAUUCACUCACUCAACAUCCCUACCUGAGGCCUUUGAUCCAAUCAGCCAAUUCAUCCUUUCAAGAAGCCGAAUGCUCUUAUCAGGACGUAAAACCCAACGCAUCCGCCUUUCUUUCUUCUGGAAUGAUCAGCAAAAAAACUGUUGCGCGAGACCGACGAGAAAACAGUCUGAGCAACUCUAGCGCCCUCUUUAAGUAUGCCUUGUCCAACGUCAAAGACCCCAACGCAUCGAUUGGCGAGAACGUCUGCAACGUGUCUACCGAGGCUUCCAUCGCUGUUAAAUCGAUGUGUGAAGCGCUGGGCGGACCCCGGGUGAUUGUGGCUGCUAAACGCGAAGAUGAACAUCAGAGCCGCUUGUCGGAACAAAGCAUCUCGAUGCAAACUGGUAAUCAAUCCUUCAGUCCAAACCAGAGCUCGCUGGGAAUUGUUCUGCCGGAAUGUUUGCGACAGCCAUCUGUCUCGUCUUUGAGGAUGCCAGACACACCGAUAAAAAAACCCAUGGGUUUACAGAAGGCACAUCCUCAGAUCAACAAGCCUUUUAUCCCAUCCGGCUUGAGGCAGCUUUCAAGCUCUUACUCCCCCUCCAUCGGUGGUUCCCCAAUUGACAAUUCGCCAACUUCUCGAGGUCAUCAAUUUUCCAUCCCUGAAUCCCCAAUACCCCUAUUCCACUCACAGUUCCAACACGAUCCCCUUUGCCUGAUAGCCCCAAACGGCUCAACAGCCGACAGGGACUCAUCAAGUUGGAUCACUUCUGGGGACGCUGAUCCCUCCCCCUCACUUUCUCGCGCUAACACGAGCGGUCAGGUACCAUCAGGUUUGGAAUCGCUGGGCAAACAAUCCCCCGUGUAUCGGCGCCGGAGCAGCGAUGGUGUCCCGAGUAACCAAAGUGGUAAUGGAAAUCCCAGCAAGGCCUCCAGCUCCCGACAAAGUAAUCCGUUUGAUGAACCCGGUACACCGACCAAAGCCGCCACAACAUGGUUGAAGCGUGCGCAAUUUCUUGCCUCACCCGGAAACUCGAUCUCCUCGGUUACCAGCUCACCCAGUAUGCAUCAUCAUUCACAUAUCGAUCGACUAAGUACAUAUAACUCCAGCGCAGAACACUCGCUUGAUGCGCAAGUUACUCCUAACCGCCAAGGAGGUCGCUCAUACACGCCUUUCGCGCUUUCACCCAUGUUAGGCAUGGAACUCAGGCAAGGCUCCCGCUACCACUCGACACCUGGCCCAGAAAACUCCACUUCACCGUCCCCGCGUCGGCCAGCGAUCAACAAGCGACACUCGAGUCCAACGAUAGAUGAUAUUCAGCGCAGAACCAAUAGGCACCUUUUUGGUCAAGCUCUCUCACGGCGUCUCCGCUAUGAAGCUGAAUUUGAUGAACUAGAAACCAUUGGGAAAGGUGAAUUUGGGGAGGUUUUCAAAGUCCGCCAGAACACCACCGGAAAGGUUUUUGCCAUCAAACGACCAACACGACCUGCCAACGGGCCUAAAGCUCUUGCUCGUCAGUACGAGGAAGUCGAUAUCCUACGGCGGCUUACGCAACCCGUCCACUCUGCACAUAUCAUUCAACUCCAUGCUGCAUGGGAAGAAGAUAGCCGCUGGAACAUUCAGACCGAAUUCUGUGAAAACGGUACGCUCGAGCACUUCUUGGGACUCAUAGCUGGCUUCCAAGAUCGGGUAGAUGAGGAACGUAUUUGGAAAAUCACAUCUGAGCUUGCCCAGGCUGUUGCCUUCAUGCACUCCUCUGGCGUCCUACAUCUCGACAUCAAGCCUGCCAACAUCUUUAUCACUGCACACGGUGGCUUAAAAGUUGGUGACUUUGGCCUAGCUCGAAGGUGGCCAAGAGUCAAUCCCAGCGAGGUUCGCGAGUGUGGAUUUCUGCACGCUCGCUGUAAAUUGUAUGAGCACGCACCGACGAAUCCAUCCGAACACGGCGACAGUGUUAUUCCUCGCCAGUUUCUGCGGCACGGAGAUGUCAGUGAUACCGAAGAGAAGCACCUGAUGCGCUUCAAAGCCUGCGGCCGUUUCGUUGGCUUCGACCUCGAACGCGAAGGCGACCGUGAAUACAUCGCCCCAGAAAUUCUGAGCGGGCGUUAUGGUGAAGAGGCGGAUGUGUUCUCGGUGGGUUUGAUUGCGCUUGAGAUCGCCACAAACGUGGUCCUGCCUGACAAUGGCGAUGAGUGGCGGAGUCUGCGGUCGAGCGACUUCAGUCGUACAGAUCUCAGUCAUUUAAGUUCGGAGCUCGUACUUCUGAUCAAGCGAAUGAUGGACAAAUGUCCUGAUCGUCGGAUCACCGCUGACGAACUUACUCGACAUCCGGUGAUUGCCAAACUAAAAACUUUGAGGGACGUUGGCCUAGCGCAGGAGAUGGAGGGAAUAAUGGGCUAUGGAGCGGUGGAAUACGAGGAGACGGAAGUUCUGGAUGACCAGGCAGACCCAGCCGGUGAUAUCCUGAUGUCACCGGGCGAUGACUCCCACGAUUUUUCAGUCGAACACGUCAAACCUCUUCGACCAGCGCCUCCUCCAGAUAACACCUGGCAGAUGGCACGUGGAGCAGUCCUGCCUGAGGCCGAGGGUUUUCUCCCAUUCAUUCUUACUGGUCAGAGUACUCCUUCGAGGGUCAAGAUCUCCUCCGCAUCUUCUUUCACUAACUGUGCAUUGAAGACCGCCCCUUGGCAAUCGUCUACUGGAGGACCAGACCCGACUAACGACCAGAUGGAAAUCGAUGCUUGAUCGGCUCCUUCUGACAGUUUUUGCUGAGGAUCCCCAUGUCGCUCAGCAAGCAGAUAUCUCCAAAUCGGUUCAAGUCUUUCAUCUAUGAACUCAUCCCCGAAAAUCCGUUCGAAAAUCGAAGGGCGAUUGCAGCCAGAGAAACUAGAACUUAAAAAAAAAAAACCGUAGACCUACCUUUUUUCCACUGAAGCAAUUAUUAAAAUUUAUGUUUUGGUUUCAUGUCAAUUGCGAAUUGGGGUGGAUCAAGAUCCGACCGUUUGUAGAUCAAUCAACCUUUUUGCAACGAUCAACAUCACCAGUCCUUAUGGAACGAUGGUCUCCAGAAAAUGGGGUUUCUUUUUCACCCCCAUCUUAAUCUACCUGUUAUUCAUCUUUUGUUGAGCUCGUCCGUUCCUUCUCGAAUGCUGGUCACAUCCCUUCCUCCUUGUCUUUCGCCAACCCUCUUUUGUCUACAUUUCUUAUUCUAGAACUGCUUGUAUGUCUAUUACAAUGUUUCUCAUAUUCUUAUUUUUUCAUAUAAGCAAAUCAAGAUAUAUAUGAAAUAUCUCAAAUAUUAUCAAUAUAAUUUUCAGUAAUCAAAGUUUUGUUGAUCGGUCCGCCUGCAAUUUGCUUGUUUGACUUGGUUGAUUGGGUUUAUCUGUUUGUUUAAGUUGUCUCACUCGUUGAUGUUUUUUUCUUUUUCUUGGUAUUCUUCAAAUAACCUAUAAAUUCUUAUGUUUAGUCUAACAGUUUCAGUAUGUAUCUAAGCUUAUCAUUAUAUCGGGUCUUUCUUGUUAUCUGUUCUUGUCGGUUUUUGGAACUGUCUUUUUCUUGGUUCUCUAAACAUAACUACUUCAGAUACAUACUUAUUUCCAAACAAAGCCAAUCUAAUAAAAUAAGACAACUUAGCUAAAUAAGAUUCGCAGUAAUAAAUAAAAAGUAAUUGAAAAAGUAUU